AUGGACUCAUCAUCGUCGUCCGGAAGAAGCCUGACGUCCUUCGGCCCAGCCUCCUCUGACCCUGCCGUCGCCAGACCGUCCGAUACCUCAGUUCCCGUAGACGACGAUGCCUUAUUCACCCCGACAGCCCUGGACUUUGCCUACCGGGCAUUCCUGGCCCGAGAUGCGGUGAAGACGUCGGUCCCCUCCGUCUUCGCCUCCGCUCAGGCCGUGGACAGCGCCUCGUUUGCCGGGAGGGGCGCGACAUUUUCCGUCUACCGACGUCGGAUCCCGCGGCAGAAGCCCAUCAAGAGGACCGUCAGGCUGGACGGAUUCACGGUCGAGAUGGAGGAUGACCGCAAGCUCCCAGACGUGGUCGCCUACAAGGUCGCCAUGAUUGACUUCUCCGACAAGGGGGAGGCCGCCACCGACGUGUCGCGGCGGGCCGUCAACGCCGCCGUCAUGGAGCUCUACCUGUCGGCGCACCGGCCCAUCCUUCGGCACGCCAACCUCGUCGACUUUCUCGGCUUGGCAUGGGGUGCCAACCCGUUCGACAUGUCCCAGAGACUUCCUGUCCUGGUCGUCGAGUUUGCCGAGUUCGGCAGCCUCUCGGACCUGCAACAGAGGGAGUGUCUCGGACUGGAAGCUCGGCGCAAGCUCUGUCUCGACGUCUGCCAGGGCCUCCAUAUGCUGCACUCGUGCGGUGUCGUUCACGGGGACAUGAAGGCGGACAAUGUCCUCGUCUUCCCCGACAAAGAGCACAGGUAUAUAGCGAAACUGAGCGAUUUCGGGUACUCGACCGUCAUGGGCACCAGCAGAGACGUCCUCCACCUGGGAGGCACUCGACCAUGGAAGGCGCCCGAGGCCAAGGCAGCGGUCAAGGUGUCGGAUGCCAAGUAUACCGACGUGUACUCGCUGGCUCUCCUCAUCUGGUGCACAUUUGCCCAUGGCCAGAACAUAUUCAGGAUUCUCAUCGAUCCUGCCAAGCAUGGGGAGGAAUACUAUGCCGAGGCAGAGAGGAUGAAGGAGGCCGGGGAGCUAGCAGCACAUGCAGCGCACAUCUCGCAUUGGUAUCUGAAGGCGCUCGAGUCCGCCAGCUGCGGCGACCCCCGGCAGCUCGCAUCUAACCUUGCCUCCCUUCAAGAGCGCUUGGAGAGGAUGCACACGCAGACAGAGACAGAGGACCCUGCAGCUCUCAUCGGCCAUGUCGAAGACGUUCUCUGCGCCAUUCCUACGGCGCAUUUCUCCAUGCUGGAGGCCCUCCAUCCGCAGAUUGUGGAGACCGUUCAGAGGUGUGGUCUGUACGAUGCUAUGCAGCAGGCCGUCGCUAUCGGGUUGUCUGACGAGCCAGGACAGAGGGCUCUCGACAGAAUCAUGGCCGCUCUUGGCCACAGCGGGGAGUUUCCCCAAGAAAUGUCGGGAUCCGAUAUGGUAUUGACGUCGAAUCUGAAUGUAAGUCACGACGCCGAUACCUCUCCACCGGCAACUCCUGGAACGUCGAGUCUGAUAUUACUGGGCGUACAGCAACACAAGUUCACCUGGCACAAUUGGCCCUCGAUGGAUCCGUCGGUGCAGAAGUACCUCACGAGGAUAUACAUCCAGCGGGGCCAGACAGAAGCCGCCAGGAACAUGAUCAACCCGCCCGAGGCCUUCCUUCUCACGUCCCUCUACAUCAACGGAUACGGCGUGGACCGAGACCUCGAACAAGCGUCUCGAUGGCUCUCGGCCGCCUGGAGGGCCGAGCACCCGCUGGCGACAGCCUACGGCUACCGCAUCGCACGGGCCAUCGGAAUGCCCCUCCAAGACCUGGGAGGCGUCGCAGAGUCACUCAAGCUGAUGGCGAUGCGUGGCUCCAGGGUAGCCCUCGAGGAUCUCGCCUCCGUCUCGGAGAGCCAGUACGAGGGGAUGAAGAAGUCGAUACGAAACGCCCUAGCCGGGGUAGGCGCUGGCUUCUUCUUCGAGCAGGCCAUGCUUCACGGGUUCGGUUACGGGAGUUGGAUGAAGACAUUUGGCAACAUCCCCAUCCUACUCCAGAAUUUCUCUCGUCUGAGCCGCAUCGCCGACUACACCGUCAACAAGAGGGGUGACCGUAUCCUCCACAUGGCCGCAAGCUGCGGCCAGACGGAGGCCAUCGAGGCUCUUCUAGAUCGGUUCACCGCCCUGCAAGUCGACCAACUCAACGACCAGGGAGAGACGCCGCUCCUGUGCGCAUGCCGCGCCGGCCAGACGGGUACCGUCCUGUGGCUCACCUCGCACGGGGCGACGGCGUCUGGAGCAGCGCGGAAUGGCGAGUCGACCCUUCACUGGCUUGUUUCGUUCGACGACGAAGACGUCAAGACGGUGGGCGCAGCUCUGAUGGAGGCUGGAGCUGAGGUAGACGCCAAGACGGCAAGUGCGAUUGCCCAUCAUGCCGACUUUCCGACGUCUUUGAUCCCAGACAGACUCCCCGAGGGUUACCCUAUCGCAUGGGGUGAGUUCCUCCAUGGUGUUUCCUUCUUGAUGAGAGAUGUAAGAUAUCUGGCCAACGGGGCAGCUGACUUGCGCCAUGUCGACACAGCGACUCAUUGUGACCGACCACAGGUUGUCAAGUUUCUACUCUCCAGCAUGCCCGAUCCCCUGAUAUGCAGCACCUCAUGGCCCCGGGCAAACAGCGCAUUGGAGACGGCUGCGUCGCAGUCUCGUCCAGAGUGCUUGAAAUUGAUGAUGCGUGCCAUGGAGGCCUUCAAUAUCCAGCAAGAAGCACCCAACCAUCGCGGCAUUACCAUUUCUGGUCUCCUCUACCAGGCCGUAAUGGGGAGCAGUCUGUUUGACAUGAUCCUCUACAACGGCCCCGGGUACGAUCAGGCGAUGAAGCAGACGCUUGACUUCUUGCUACCUAGGGCAAACAGGGUCGCCGCCGGCAACGGAUACGGCGGCUUCAACCAAACGCUUCUCUACCUUGCCGUAUCGCUAGCCCGAGAUCAAGUGGUUGAAUAUCUACUCAACCACGGAACUGAUGCCAUGAAAGCGGGGCCUGACUACGAUGAACAUAUCCUCCGCUCGCAAGAUGUCGGCGGCUUCAAGAAGACUGACAUCGACCGGGCAUGUGGUGUUGAUAUGCGCACGCCUCUGCUGGAGGCGGUCAGGUGGAAUCGUCCCAAGCUGGUCGAUCUGCUCAUCGAGCAUGGCGCAGAUGCCCGACGAGGAUGCAAAAACCCCUUUAGCGGGAAGGAGUCGACGUGGAACGCCCUUCAUGUCCUAGCUCACUCGGGGCAGGAUGACAUUCGGCUGAUCAGACGUCUCGUUGCCCAUGGGGCCUCCGUCGACGGCUCUUCGGAGCACUCGGACGGCACCGAAUCUCCCCUUCUCGUCGCCGUCCAGAGCGACUCUUUCCAGGUAGCGGAUGAGCUUGUGAACCUGGGCGCUGACCCCAACGCCAUCACCCUGGGCAGCGGUCACCUCACCCUUACCCAUCCCGCCACUAUCCUUGGGCACGUCGUGGCCUCAAACGCACGGAACUCCAUCGCCCGUAUCCGCUACGUGUUCAGCAGCAUGUCGGCCCACAGACGUGUGGACAUGAUUGUCGAGCCCGAAAGGAGGUGGACUGCCCUCCACCGCGCUGCAGCCGCCCACAUCGAUGCCUCUUUCCGCGGCACCGAUGCCACAGAGCCAGCUCCGCUGCAGUGGGCCGACGUCGAUUGGCCUGCUAACCGGGAGAUCCUCAACGAGCUCCUCGGCAAGUUCUCCAGCCAAGAUGACCUCGAUGCCGUCGAGACGUCCGCGGGGCUGACGGCCUUGCACCUGGCUGCUAUAGCGGGCAACGACGCCGCCAUCAGCCUACUGCUCGACCGCGGAGCUCGCGCCGACAUUUUGAGCGGUGGGGGGGACGGCAAGACGGCCGGUGUCAUGGCGCUUGGGAUGCAGAAGCACAGUCAGGGCAUACAGCGCAGCAGGCACGAGGUAGCGGCUCGUAACAGGUGCGUUCAGCUGUUGAAUGCAGGUACCGUCCAAAGUGCCGCCUGA